GAUCAUGCCACCCGAAGACGCGAAGACGAAUUCCGAAGACGAAUUCCCCGAAACGAAUUCCCCCCGAAGACGAAUUCCCCCCACAAUCGACGAAUUCCCCGAAGACGAAUUGCCCCCCGAAGACGAAUUCCCCCCCGAAGACGAACUGCGAAGACGAAUUCCCCGAAGACGAAUUCCCCCCGAAGACGAAUUCCCCCCCGAAGACGAAUUCCGAAGACGAAUUCCCCGAAGACGAAUUGCCCCCCGAAGACGAAUUCCCCCCCGAAGACGAAUUCCGAAGACGAAUUCCCCGCAGACGAAUUCCUCCCCGAAGACGAAUUCCCCCCGAAGACGAAUUCCCCGCAGACGAAUUCCCCCCCGAAGACGAAUUCCGAAGACGAAUUCCCGAAGACGAAUUCCCCCCCGAAGACGAAUUUCCCGAAGACGAAUUCCGAAGACGAAUUCCCCCCAAGACGGGUUCCGAAGACGAGUGGCGCACUUCCAUGCAUGGUAUGAAUGUCUUCAUGCAUUACGGCCCCACUGUCUUCAAGAAGAUCUUCCACAUUCAAGGCGCAUCCUUUCUGUUUGCUGCGUUGUCCCGAGCCAAGCUUCAACAUGUUCAAUGUGAAGUUUGGAGGUUACUUUGCAUUGCAUCCAGGACGCGCGAAGAUGACCUCACUCUAGCACGGGUCUCAGCAUUGCAUGUGCAACAGAGGAAAGCCAUGGCGGAGAUUGUUCCCGGAGCUCCCAGGGGGACUCCUGCGACCAAAGAGUUGCUGCCAGUGCGUGACUGCGGCGACGCCGCAGUAGGCGCUGCGGCACUGGUGCGGCUCCCCGCGGACGAGUCCCCUUCCAAGUUCUCUGUUGCCUGCCAAGAGUGGCCCGACGCAGACAUCCAAAGCCAAUUGUGCGCCUUCGCUGCCGAUGAUGGAUUGGCUGAAGACAUUGAAGCUUUGAUGGAUGGCUUGCCAUCACCAGGGCCCAUGGGAUCUGACGGAGCUCCCAAGGGGACUCCCAGGAAACAAAUGGUCAACGCGCUGGAAACUCAGCUGCUGCCUGUGUGUGGAUUGGCUUCGCAUGAAGAAGGCAUCCAGCUGUUGCGGGCCUGCCUUGCCACUGCCCGUGAAGAUCCCACAUACGGAGGGACCGAGACCCAGAGCGAGUCUCCAGUCUGGGGGUGCAACGAUGAUUGGGCAUUGCUGCGCCCAGAGUUAGAAAAGUGUAUCGCACCUCUGUCGCCCAAGCUCCCGACGGAAGUGAUGGCCUUGCCAGCUGCUUUUUUCCGCGACCCUACUUUUGCAGUGCCAGAUCCAGAGCAAGACUGCGUCGUUGUCUUUGGUGGGGUGGCCAAUGUAGAGGGCGCAGGGGCUGGAGGGUGCCAUUUCAUGCCUUUGCUGACCCAGAGGCAAGCCCACAGCUGGCAUUCCAGCACCUCUGCUCACGAAAAAUGGCGUGACAUGGUUCUCGCAGUGGAAGGCAGGGGUGAUGGGCUUUUGCUUGUGGACAGGGUUCGGGAAGCUGGAGACUGCUACUUUCACAGCUUGCUGAUUACCUUGCACGCCAAAGGCAUCCUUUUCAGGGCUGCGGCAAGCAACGAGAGCACGCCUCCACCGAGGCAGGGAAGGUUGUCGACUAGCCCACCUUCAUCGCAAGAGCCUGGUGCCAAUCGAAGGGGGCUCUGCUUUGAUGAUGCCUUGGCCGAGGAAGAAGUUGUGGGCUACAGCAUGGAAGACCCGGUGGAGGGGUGGGUCGAGAAGCUCAAAGCAAUCAAGACUGUGGAAGACUUGGAAGAUGUGCUUUUCCCGAACCGAAUCUUUGAGGGCAUGCGCAACAAGGCUGAAACUUAUGACACAGUGAAGGGCAACCUUAAGAUGUGCUGGGAAGAUGCACGCACACACAGGCAGCUCGCGGUGGAAGAGGAUAUGGACAUCCGCUUGUGCGCUGUGGGCCCCAUCGCGGAUGCAGUGCAUACCAUCGCGCGAGCGAAAGGGGUGCACACUGAGGCCUUGCUUGGCUGCCUUGACAGCAACAUUGGCUUUCUGGAGGCCAAUGGCACGACUCUGUGCCACAAUCCUCGGGCACAGCAUUUCAUCUCCACCGGAAGCCCUGUCAUCGUGGGAUCUCCAUCCUCCACACGCAAGACGGCCUUGAUCCAACAGACGGACGGCAUCCGCAAUUGCUUGAAAGACUACGGAAGAUGUGGGGUCACAUCCGACGAAGCUGCCAACACUUUCGACACAAAGAUGUCAGACCGGGAGUCGGGCAUCCAUUUCAUAGCCGUGACCAAGUUGAACACCUGGACACAGGGCGAGCCCGAUGCCCCGACCACAGGUAAUGGCAGCUUCAGCCUGACCCAUUACAAUUUCCUGCUGAAAGUGGCCGGCCAAACAGAAGUUGUGGAAGAGGUCGUGCAGCCUAGAGUGCACGGCUUCCAAAAGCGAUUGAAGCAGGUUUGGUCAUUGUCAGAGAACCCGACACAGGACCAGCAGCUGUUCAAGGCCAGUGACAAGCUCAUCCAAGAUUGGCAUGACUGGAUGCAUUCUAAGUGCGUGGAGCAGCCGCCGGUCGUCAUCUCUCUGAGUGGGCAGGCCCUCAGCAUGUACAAUGCUGCCAAGCAGGCCAUCACUGACUUCGUGUCUGAGAACAAGCUUCCUCCCGUCUUCAGGACCAAGCUGGUCUUUUUCCAUUCCGAUGUGCUGCGAGACGCACACAAGGUCUUUAGGUCGGUGCAGUUUCUCACAACCUUGUGCCCAAAGCUUCCUGAGGAUUCACGGGAAGCCAUGUCUUUGGAUGAGUUCACAGUGGCACUGCACAAGUGGAUCCGACAAAUCCAGUGGCACUUUGGAAGCUACAGGUUUGCAGCCUCGAAAAAGGACGAAGCUGCGGCAGGACUGAGCAGCAACAGCAAGGCCGCGGAAUCGCAGCAGAUCUUGUGCAGCAUCCCUGAGACAGAGGAGCAGGCGCCCUUGGAUGCAGAGGCUUUGUUUCUCCGCACCUUGAUGCACAGAGCCCCGCCUGAUGCUUGGUUCACCUCAGCCGACAGGUUGCUAUUGAAGAACUUGAGAGGGACAACCUUCAAAUCUGAGCUCAGCAAAAGGAUUGAGAAGGGCGUCGGGCACCUGAUUGAUCAUGGCCUGCUGAAGCCACGUGAUGACCAAAGACUUGAAGUUGACAGCAAGAGGCGCACACCGGUCUCCGGCGGAAGGGGAGUUCCAAGCAAGGUUACGAAGGACGCAAUGUCAAAACUUGUAGACGCACUACAGGCGAAUACCGUGGAAUGGCUGUCACACAUGGAGAUGAUGUGGUUGCUGCGGACGUGUCGCCUUGCGAAGCGAUUGGUGACGACUUCUCCAACCUAUUUAGAUCGCAGCUUCUACUACCAGAGGAACAACAUGCCGCCGCUGCCAGCCCACUAUGAUUUUGACUCGGACACCUCCGGCAAGAGCCUGGAGAUCCCUCUGGACGAACCGUGCGGUGACACCAAGGCAGGUCAGUCAUCAUGGUCGGUGGCCUCAGGCAAAGAUGGCAUGUCGUAUGAGCAUGCAGAAACCUGGCCGCAGCUGAAACGAUGUCAACCAACGAGACAAUCGCUCACACAGGGACCGGGGGUCACCACGGUGCCGCUGGACCUCCACCGCCUGCGCCAUGGCUCGAGGGGGUCGAGCAGUGGGGGUGUGCCCCGCAAUGACGAUGACAUGAGAUUGCUUGAUGAGCCACAGGUCUGGGCCCCCCUUGGGGGUGGCAGCUUCCGGGGCACGGCUCCGGUGGCUCGCCCCGGACCUAUGGUCCCCAUGAGGCUUGGUGGCACAGUUGCGGGGCCGCCGCCCAUCUCCAUGCAGGUCUGGGCCCCCCUUGGGGGUGGCAGCUUCCGGGGCACGGCUCCGGUGGCUCGCCCCGGACCUAUGGUCCCCAUGAGGCUUGGUGGCACAGUUGCGGGGCCGCCGCCCAUCUCCAUGCAGGCGAUGAGGGGUGGUGAUGUGCCAAUCAAUGGGCGGUGCUAUGCUUUCACGUGUUCGGCCCAACUACCCAGCGUAGGUCAGAUCGCGAUGGCAGGCGAAGAAGAGGAAGAGGACGCUGAGGUUGCCUCUCCUGGACCUGAAGCGUUGGUGGCUUGGCGCAAGGAAAACCUACGGUGGAAAGACCUGCGGGUCAAAAGUGGAGGUGCCAAAGCAGAGGACGAACCAGAAUCCAGCAAAACAAAUAACAUUCAAAACCUGGAUAGCCUGGUGAACCUUUUACAAGUGAACAGGCCUCAAUGCGAUCCAAGGAAACUGACGAGCUUGGAGCCCCAAGUGAGGUGUCUUCGCUUUAUGGAGCGCAAGGCAGCGACAGAUGAAGCGAAACUGCUUGGGUCUCAGUGGCCUGAUUUUCUGCUGUGCAGGGAUGCAGCAAUAGAGGCAGCAGAGGCAUUCUUGGCCACCGUGAAAGAGGAAGCUGCGCCAACGGAUGCUAGCGCUGCCCCGGAAAAGGCCAAAAAGCGCGCCGCUGCGGUACAGGCGCCACGGCUCAAAGCUGGUCGGGUCAGGGUGGCCAAGAGUUACCGAGGAACACCGGACGCAAUGACCUGUCAAAAAGAACCGCCACAUGGCUCGGUGGAGAAGGUGGACAAGGACGAAGAAGGAGAACGAGGAGAGGAAGAAGAGGAAGAAGAGGAAG